AAUUUNUCAAUUUCGCUCGAGACCGAGGUCACAUGGAUUUGGGUAGUCUAAUGAAUAGUACCUCAUUGGAUCUUAACUCCAAGCCCAUCAAAAUUCUUGAUGAAACUCAGUUUCAGAAUCAAGAAGUUGAAGAUAAUUUCAUUAAGUUGGGAAGAAGUACUGUCACAGUUGAAGAAGAGAGAUGGGCUUUGAUGGAGGAGCUGAAUAGGGUGAGUGCCGAAAACAAGAAGCUAACAGAAAUGCUAACCGUGGUUUGCGAAAAUUAUACCGAGCUAAGAAGCAAGUUAAUGGAGUACACAAGCAAUAAUUGUGCGGUGGGAAAUGCAAAUAACAAUAAGAAUGAUAUUACAUCAUCAAGAAAGAGGAAGGCUGAGAUGAUCGAACGAACGUAUGUUAAUAAUGUGGGGUCCACAGACAGCAGCUCGAGUGGUGAGGAUCAUUCGUUCAAAAAACCAAAGGAGGAAAUCGUCAAGGCCAAGAUUUCACGGGUUUGUGUCCGAACGGAAGCAUCUGAUACCAGCCUUAUAGUGAAGGAUGGUUAUCAAUGGAGGAAAUAUGGACAGAAGGUGACUAGGGACAAUCCUUCACCAAGAGCUUACUUCAGGUGUUCUUUUGCUCCUACUUGUCCAGUCAAGAAGAAGGUUCAAAGGAGUGUAGAAGAUGGGUCGGUUUUGGUGGCGACGUAUGAAGGAGAACACAACCAUCCCCACCCCUUGAAGAGCGACUCGAGUCCCACAUCCAAUAGGAGCGUGAAACCUGGCAAUGUCCUGCGAUCAAAUGCUCAGGGCUCCUCUGCUCAAACAAUCGCUCUUGACCUAACCAAACGCAACCCAAGAAGAAAAUCCGAGACACCACAAGUACACCAACAGUACUUUGUGGAACAAAUGGCUUCUACUCUGACCAAAGAUCCCAGUUUCCAAGCUGCAUUAGCGGCUGCUAUUUCGGGAAAGCUUCUUCAGCAGAAUAAAUGGACGUGAAAAUUAUAGAAUCAAAAAUCGCUUUGCUUUGAUCGAGUUGUGACAGGAAGCAAAGCACUCAAUGCUUGACAUAGUUCAUGGAUUGAGGGAACAAGAAAAUUGAACUUUUUUUUUUGGCCAUAUUUAUGUACAUAGUGAAAUUAGCACUGUCUAUUAUCAUACACUUUCUUGUAAAUAGUUCAAUCCUUGUUGACAUAGAAAAAUUUAGUCGGAUAAGAGAUUUCGACUGAAACUGUGUGUUUUUCAUUUGUGCGGUGUCUUUUUUUUUUUUUUUCNGAUGUUCUAUUCAUUUGUUAUGCUGACAUGUCUAAUACAGUAAUGGUUUGAUGUAAUGUCUCAAUAUUGUGAUUGAAGAACAAGAACACAAG